AUGCGGCUCGCCCGGUGUGCCUGGCCAUGGCUGCCGUGGCUAUACUGGAUUGCAGGGAUCGAUGCCCUGGGGUCCUUCAACCCUUCACUUGGAGAGGCCGACGAAGGCGGCACUUGGCCACUUCCGGCAGCUCCAGGUGACUUGGGGCCGCAGCGGGACGGAAUGCCGUCAGCGCUGGGUGAGCAGAGGAGACGCAGGCACCAGGCCUCCGACGCCUCCGAUGCCCUCAAGCGAUUCGUGAAGGUUGCGUGGAAGCUUUUUUCGAAUUCAUCGUCGGGUCUCGGCUCUGAAGGAACCGAGCCACCUGUAGGGAAGGUACAGGCAUUUCUUUUGCAACGAGACUCCGCAGUCCCUGCACGCACAUCGGGGGAGCCCUUCGAAAGGCGCGCCGGACUUGCCGAGUCCCACGGUAUCGCUUCUUAUGUUGACUUUUGGCGGAAUCUGCGCCAAACCACUGAUUCAGCAAUUCUGCGCGAGCAGACUUAUACCACAUCCACAUUGUAUAGCGCCAAAACGUCCACAACAUCCACCUGGCCGGCUGAGAUGCACAGCAGCUUGGCCACCAGAUCCUUCGCUCGAUUGGCGGAGGUGACAUCUGUUAAUGAGACAGCUUCACAAAUUGCCACUAUGACGACGACAAUGCCGCCGUCGGGCUUUGUGGCAACAUCUUCGACCUCCGGUGUGUCGGCCACAAGAGCUGACACGAACAGCUCACUCACAGAGAACUCGGCCAUUGAUGCCGCGAGUGAGCAGAACUCUAGCGAGUACAACUCCAGUGCGGCGUCGACCUCAACCACAUCAAUGUGGAUGGAAGAGAACAAGACCACAGCUUCGAGCGGAAGCAGCGAACCUGACUGGAACGAGACCGAAGUUCCGCAUACCAACUCCUACAUCGCGGAAGCAAUCAAUGCCUCCGAAGAGUUUCUGGAAGAGUCCACUUUGACUGACAACCUGUCCAACAGGAAGGAAGACAUAGCAUCAGAGAUGCUGAAUGGCAGCAAUGGCUCUUGGAGUGUUCCUGCAUCUUCGGAGGACGAUGCAUUCUUCACCAACGAGUCCUCGAACGACAGCAAUUUUCUCUGCAAUGGCUCCACCGACGAUGACCUGCCCCUUGAUGCCAACCUAUCAAAUUGGACUCUGAAGAACUUGUCGGAGGUGCUCUCCGUUUGGAACGAGUCCUUCAACAAUAGCGGUAGCGACGGCGAACUUGCCGACAACACCUCCGCCAUCGCCGGGGAAGUCACCAAUGCCUCCUCCGAAGAUUAUCUGGAAGAUGACAAUGAGUCCGUCGAGCUCAAUGGCAACCUAUCGGGCUCGAGCCAAGACAACAUGUCGAAGUUGUCGGACACCAGCAACGGGUCCUGGAGUCUACCUGUGCCUUGGUGUGCAGUCCACAAUUGCCCCAUGUUCAGCCAAAUGGCAGACGGGAAG